CCACCGCAGGCGCACGACCAAGCGCAGGCACACACGAUCAGCGCGCAAGAAGGGCCGCUCCCAGAGCGCCCACAACAACUCCGCGUCCGCGCGCGCCGCGACCUCUAGCAGCUGCGGCACCAGGCCCCAUGGGCACAACGCCUGCUGCAGGACCUCCUCGAAGCCGUACAGGAGUUGGUGUGGGAGUCGGGCAGCUGCGCGAGUGGGAGCUGGCAGUUGCAAUUGCAGCCGGCUGGGAAGCUGCGUGCCAGGACUGGACUUGCAUGGACAGCAUGGUAGUGUCAUGUGUGCUGAUGCUAACAGAACGGUAGUUGAAACGAGCUGGGUGGCUGCGCGAUUGGGAGCGGGUUGUUGCGCGGGCGGGCGGCUGGGAAGCUGUGACUGGAGCUGCGGUCCAGCGCACGUGGCUGGCUGUUGGCGCGCGGCGCGGCUGGGAGCAGACAGUUGCGUGCAGCGUCGGCUGGGAACAGACGCGUGCCACGGUGGAGACCUGGAGUCGCAGAUUCGUGGACGGAUACCUGCCCAACUGGUUGCAUGUGGAUGUGUGAUGGGACGGGGUUCAAGGCAGGUUGGCGAGGUCCCGUAGGGUGCAGCCGAUGCCCAGACCCGUAAGCAGACAGCAAACAGUUUGCAGUGGCAGGGCAGAAGUGCAUGGCUGGUCGAACGCCGGCGUUACUGUACCGACAAGUUGCUGGCUGGCUGGAAGUUUGCUGAUGCGCAUUCCUCACGCUCCGGGCGCCCGGCCAGGCGAUAGCACCACACAGACAGACCGCAACGCCACACUCGCGAUGCAGAGCCGCAGCGCACCUGCAGGAAGAUGACCAGCGUCCACGGAUGAGCACCAGAGGCAACCGCAGAGAAAAUGCAGACAGAAUGCAGCAAAGCAGUGGCCGGGCGACAGCGUGACAAGCAGGGGCGAAAACAGGGCGAAGCAAUUAUUAUAGGCAGAAAAGGGAGCCCGAAUGUACGGAUGAGUGGCGGGCGAGUCGAAUGCGAUUGCGAGACAAACACAACCGGAGUGUGAGGAAGCGCCGCGGGUUGGUAGCGGGAGUAUCGUGGCUGAAGUUCGGGACAGAGAGCUGUAUCGCGCGCCCUAAGGACCGAGUGCGGUUAGCGGAGUGUUUGCUGGCGAGUCGCGCUGGCGCUGGCGCUGCAGUGUAGUGUGAAAAAGGAGUCAAAUACAAAGCAGGAAGACACUGAAGAUGGUAGCUUGCAUGUGGAGGCAGUUCUACGGAAAGCAUUUGAGAAGCUGACAGACUAUGGUGACGCACGGUGAUUGAAGUGAGGAUCAUUCCCCUCGACGCAGCCGACGUGCUUUGGGUACCUGUACCGCUGCGCGCGUAUUUUUGGGGGGCGGUCGGCGGAGACGUUGCACGUGUAUGCAUCAUGAUUGUGGGCGCUGGAGUGUAUGAUGGUCGCUGCGGUCACGCGCGGACGGGGCGCGAAGGGGCGGCUCGAAUCG